GUGCUCGCCUGCACACGCGCCCCGGGCCCGCCCGCGCAGCCGCGGCCCUCCCCGCCGAGCGCGCCCCGUGCGCCCGCCCCGGUUGGAGGGAGCGCACCGGGCCUGCCGUCCCGAGCUCCGCCGCAGCGAGCGCCGCCCCCGGCCGCCCAGGACAAUCCACAGCAGCGUGUGGGCUGGUGCUGGCGGCCGGCUCUCCUGAAUCCUGUCAUAGCUGGGUGUGAGCAGGGAGGCCUCGCGCUCCCUCCCCGCUCGCGGAGGCACCGGACGCGGCCGGACGAUGUGGGGCGCCCUGCGAGGCUGCAGGGGGCGUUGGGCCAGCGCGGGCCCCGGCGAGUACAGCCACGUGGUGGUGGGCGCGGGCUCGGCGGGCUGCGUGCUGGCGGGGCGGCUCACCGAGGACCCCGCCGUGCGCCUGCUGCUGCUGGAGGCCGGGCCCCGGGACCUGCUGGCCGGGAGCAAGCGGCUGCUCUGGAAGAUCCACAUGCCCGCCGCGCUCGUGGCCAACCUGCGCGACCACAGGUACAACUGGUGCUACCACACCGAGCCGCAGGCGGGCCUGGACGGCCGCGUGCUGUACUGGCCGCGCGGCCGCGUGUGGGGCGGCUCGUCCUCGCUCAACGCCAUGGUGUACGUGCGCGGCCACGCCGAGGACUACGAGCGCUGGCAGCGCGAGGGCGCGGCGGGCUGGGGCUACGCGCGCUGCCUGCCCUACUUCCGCCGGGCGCAGAGCCACGAGCUGGGCGCCGGCCCCUACCGCGGCGGCCGCGGCCCCCUGCACGUGUCCCGCGGCCGCACCGACCACCCGCUGCACCGCGCCUUCCUGGACGCCGCGCGGCAGGCCGGCUACCCGCUCACCGACGACGUGAACGGCUUCCAGCAGGAGGGCUUCGGGUGGAUGGACAGGACCAUCCACCGAGGCAAGCGCUGGAGCGCAGCCUGCGCCUACCUGCACCCAGCCCUGAGCCGCCCCAACCUCACAGCCGAGGCCCAGACGUUUGUGAGCAGGGUGCUGUUUGAAGGCACCCGGGCAGUGGGCGUGGAGUACAUCAAGAACGGGCAGACCCACAGGGCUUAUGCCAGCAAGGAGGUGAUUCUGAGCGGGGGUGCCAUCAACUCUCCACAAUUGCUCAUGCUCUCGGGUGUCGGCAAUGCAGACGACCUCAAGAAGCUGGGCAUCCCAGUGGUGUGCCAUCUUCCGGGAGUGGGCCAGAACCUGCAGGACCACCUGGAGAUUUACAUCCAGCAGGCAUGCACCCUCCCCAUCACUCUCCACUCGGCACAGAAGCCCUUGAGGAAGGUCCGGAUUGGUCUGGAGUGGCUCUGGAAGUUCACAGGGGAUGGAGCCACCGCGCACCUGGAAACAGGUGGGUUCAUCCGGAGCCGGCCCGGAGUCCCCCACCCGGACAUCCAGUUCCAUUUCCUGCCGUCCCAAGUGAUUGACCAUGGACGGGUGCCCACCCAGCAGGAGGCUUACCAGGUACACGUGGGGACCCUGCGGGGCACGAGUGUGGGCUGGCUCAAACUGAGAAGUGCCAACCCUCGGGACCACCCUGUGAUUCAGCCCAACUACUUGUCAACAGAAACCGACAUUAAAGAUUUCCGCCAGUGCGUGAAGCUUACCAGAGAAAUUUUUGCCCAGAAAGCCCUGGCACCAUUCCGGGGGAAGGAGCUCCAGCCAGGAAGCCACGUGCAGUCAGACACAGAGAUAGAUGCCUUUGUGCGGGCAAAAGCAGACAGCGCCUACCACCCCUCGUGCACCUGCAAGAUGGGCCAGCCCUCUGAUCCCACUGCCGUGGUGGAUCCGCAGGCCAGGGUCCUCGGGGUGGAGAACCUCAGGGUGGUGGAUGCCUCCAUCAUGCCCAGCGUGGUCAGCGGCAACCUUAACGCCCCCACCAUCAUGAUCGCGGAGAAAGCAGCGGACAUCAUCAAGGGGCAGCCUGCGCUCUGGGACGAGGAUGUCCCUGUGUACAAGCCCCAGACCCUGGCCACCCAGCGCUGAGGUGGACACUGCCCGAGAUGCCUCCUGACGAGCCAGGAGGGUCAGCGCAGCACCCACCCCGGGUGCCCUUUCCUGAAACUGUCUAGGAUGUCACAAUUCAGUGGCUGAGAAUGAGUAAUUUCUGAGGCUUGGAGACCAGUACAAGCAGCCAGGCAGGUUUCUUUUCACCAGCAUUUUCCCCACAGGCCUGCCUCCUAAGGGACAGGAGAGAGGGCUAGGGGGCAGGCCUGCAGAGGAUGGCUGACUCCUGCCACCGCCUUGUCUCAGACUCCAUGGCACACUGCAGUCCAGGGUCUCCCCCCGGCCGCCCUCUUAGUGAGGGCAAGUGGCUCCAGGAGUGGGGUGCUGGCUAGAGGGCACUGGGUUCUUGGGGUAGGGGUGGGGAGCAUCCUCUGGCUCAGGCUGCAGCCUUGCAGCCAGGCCCAUGCCUAAGCCUCGGGCAUCCCUGCUCAGAGGAAAGCUGCCUGCCGGAGGAAACACGGGCUGCUCUCUCUUCUACUUCCUGAGUCCCCUCCCAGUUGGGUCCCUCUGAGGGCCCACGUCUCCAGUGCUCUGGUUCUUAACACAGCCCCAUGAGAGCAUUUCUGGACCUUGUUCAAAGAGGAGUCUGGAGAACCUCUUCAACUACCAUAGGUUUCCUGAUUUAGCAUUUUAAAAGAUUUUCCUGUUACCGGGGAAACCUAGAAUCCCAGAGCAAACCCCACAGACCAGACCUCUGCUCCCAGCCAAAGCGGCUAGCCCAGAGAGGAUGCUUUCCUGUCAGCCCGGGGAAACGACUCACAGUGGACACAGCUGGCCAAUUUGUAUUCCACAGGCAUCCGCAGGAACAGACGGGGAUGGAACCGAGGCUGAUGGAAAAAGCAGUCAAGUCUAACUACGUACCUGAGCUUGUGAAAAUAAACUGGCAAAGAUUUGAGUUGGGGGGGGGGGGCAGUGGGGAGAAACAGAUACAAGUAGCAUUUAAAAUAGCUCUUUGAUCUUUAAACUUUCUCUAAUUCAACAAUGUAAUCCAGUACCUGAUUUUUGAGUGGAGAUGCCUCAGCCAGACUGUUCUUACAAGGUGAUGAAAACUAAAUGCAUUUUGGAUUGAUUUUUCCGAAGAUCUCCAAGGCCACCAUCUACGGCAGGGGAGAGAAGAACUGUGCUAUGGAAACCUGCUGAGCGGGACCCACGACAAGGAGGGGAGGGAAAGGGGGCAUUCCAGGCUUCGCCCAGGAUCGAGGUGGCCUGGAGGCCAGACAGCCACAACCUGUGUUUGUGAGAAAGACCUUCCAGAGAGAGAGGAAGAAACCACCACACUACUCCUUCCUUUAAAAAUUUUAAGUAUCUCUGGUUGAAUCUUACCUGUUAUUUUCUGUUCCAAGGGAGGCUCUAAGUGCUAGGAGAUCCGUUUCUCCUAGAGAGCUUCCCCAUCUGCCUGCAGCCGUGGUGCACGGUCAUCACCCUCGGGGUCCUGGAGCCGCCUGCAGGGGUGAAAGGACAGCGGGGCAGUGCAGGUGCCCACCCCACUGCUCAGAGGGCCAGCAGGCAGCGAGCUUAGUGGGCAGAGGGGCCCCAGGCCUGAGCGGGACUGUGCUGACCUUCGCUCGUGCGGGUGGGCCAGGUGACCCAGCCGAUCACUCCUGCGGCCUCUGCGUUCUCUGAGCCCGUGGCCAGUUUACUACUGUGUCCGCCCUGUCAGAUAAGCAGAAUGACCUGUGGCCAGAGGCACAGAAUGCUGUACGGCCGGAUGACAUCUAGGCCCCUCGCCCACUCCUGGUCACUGAGUCUUGUUCCCGAUGAUCACACACCAUGUGCAGAAAUAAGUCUCAAAAGAGAACACCGUGAGUGUCCUACAUCCAGGCCUCCCGGGACUCAGAGCGGAGCACCGUGCUGUUGGGGUCCAGCCGAGGGCAGAACACUGGGCUCUGAAGCGGCUGCUCGCCCAGGCCCUGCCCGGUGAGUGUGCAGCCACCUGGCAGGGGGGAACCGUGGCCCGUUGUCGCAACAGCAGGCCGUCUCCAAGUCCCUGCCACGAGGGAAACUUGGACCUCAGAAAGAGGGCCAUUGGCUGCAGAAGCCCGAGAGGGAGAA